CUGCAGGCGGCGGACGGGCGGACCGGCGGACGGGCGGGCGUCUCCACCUCGCUCCCUCCCUCGCUGCCUGCUUCCUUUUGUUUUUCUGGGAGGCGAUGAGCACAGGGCCGGCGCGGAGGCUGCGGGUGCACGGAGGCCCGCGCUCCUAGCCACCCUCCCGGCCUCGGAGCGCUCGUCCCGGGCAGCGGCCCGCGCCCGCCCCAGCACCAGCUGCGCCGAACUUGGGCUCGGGAAGCCGGCGGACCGCGUCCUGCGCCGGAGCAGGGGUGACCAGCCGCUGCCAUGGGCAAGCAGAACAGCAAGCUGCGGCCCGAGGUGCUGCAGGACCUGCGCGAGAACACGGAGUUCACCGACCACGAGCUGCAGGAGUGGUACAAGGGCUUCCUGAAGGACUGCCCCACCGGCCACCUGACCGUGGACGAGUUCAAGAAGAUCUAUGCCAACUUCUUCCCGUACGGUGACGCCUCCAAGUUCGCCGAGCACGUCUUCCGCACCUUCGACACCAACGGGGACGGCACCAUCGACUUCCGGGAGUUCAUCAUCGCGCUGAGCGUCACGUCCCGGGGCAAGCUGGAGCAGAAGCUCAAGUGGGCCUUCAGCAUGUACGACCUGGACGGCAACGGCUACAUCAGCCGGAGUGAGAUGCUGGAGAUCGUGCAGGCUAUAUACAAAAUGGUGUCCUCUGUGAUGAAAAUGCCCGAGGAUGAGUCCACUCCGGAGAAACGAACGGACAAGAUCUUCAGGCAGAUGGACACCAACAACGACGGCAAACUGUCCUUGGAAGAAUUCAUUAAAGGUGCCAAGAGCGACCCCUCCAUCGUCCGGCUGUUGCAGUGCGACCCCAGCAGUGCCAGUCAGUUCUGAGGGGCCGGGCGCCCCGACGGUGGCGGAGGAACCCAGGCUCAUCCCGCCGUCGAAGCUUUACUUGCAGAAGCGGACGCCGCCUCCACCGUUCCUGCUCGCCGGGGCCCAGGCGACCUGCACGGGCUGGGCCUCCCUCCUCCACCUGGCCUCCUCCUGUCCCCCUGCCCGGCCCC